GUGCGAGGUAGACAGCAUGUUGGCAGAUGUUCUGGGCAGUGAGAAUCCAAACACACACAAGAACUUCUGGAACUUGGUAAGUACCCCAUGCAGGCCAGGCCUCCCUUUCUCCCACCACAUGUCCUGUUUCCCCCCGUGUUCGCAGGCACGCGUGAGGGUUACUUACUGAGCCUAAGUGCACUUGGCCUGGCUCUUUUUGUCUGUGAUUAUGGAGAUGCCCUUAGAUCUUUUCUUCCCUGCUCCGCGGGAGAGUUUAGAUCUAAGUUAUGUAAAAAAAAGUAAUGCUUUGUAGACUCCAGUGAGAAGGGACAUUUGGUUUUUUUGUGCAUCUAAGGGAGAGAAGACUUGGAGAUAAUACAAAACUGAUGAUCGGGGCUGGGGGUUGGGGCGUUGAUGUAAAUGAGCUUGAGGGCCUUUCUGUGCUGGCACUGCUCUCCCAAACAUGGUGAACGUUCCUAAAACCUGCCUGACUUGCUGGAAGAAGUGUGGCAAGCAUCAGCCCCACAGAGUAACACAGUACAAGGGCAAGGAUCCUCUGUAUGCGCAGGGAAAGGGACAUGAUGACAGGAAGCAGAGUGGCUACGGUGGGCAGACUGAGCCGAUUCUACGCAAAAAGGCUAAAACCGCGAAGAAGGUUGUGCUGAGGCUUGAAUGUGUUGAACCCCACUGCAGAUCUAAGAGAAUGCUGGCUAGUAAGGCAUGCAAGCAUCUGAACUGGGAGGUGAUGAGACGAGAAAGGGCCAAGUAAUCCAGUUCUAAGCUUCAAAUUUUGUUUUAUUAUGUGACAAUAAAAUCUUGAGGAUAUGUUCACUUGAAAAAAAAUAAAUAAAUGAGCUUGUGAGGUGGUUUUGAGGUGAUAGAAAUGUUCUAAAAUGACUGAUGGUGUACAACUCUGCAAACUUACUUAACCUCAUUGAAUUAUACAUUUAAAUAGGUGAAUGUUUAUAGUGUAUAAAUUAUAACUCAAUAAAGCUGUUAAAAACAAAAA